GUAUGAGUUCAUAGUACACAACAAAACACUAGAUCUUUUCCUCCUUUGUGUUGUGUCACAACCACACAACAUUCAUCUUUGGCAUUGACGUGGAAAACGAAGAAUUACUUGGCAAUGAGGAUAGAUUUUGAAGAUGAAGCAGCAGCUCAAUUGAUUACUUCUGAUCUCACUGACCUUGCUUUGGCUGCUAAUAACUUCAUUCUGCUUGGUGUCUCAGGUUCUGGAAUCUCCGUCCUCCAACUAAUUGCGUCUAUUGCUGCUAUUUAUUUGUUGAUUUUGGAUCGUACAAACUGGAAGACCAACAUUUUCACAUCACUACUCAUUCCCUACAUUUUCUUAAGCCUUCCCUCUUGGAUUUUCUCCAUCUUCAGGGCAGAGAUUGGGAGAUGGAUUGCUCUCAUUGCUGUUGUAUUACGACUUUUCUUUCCAAGACACUUCCCUGAUUGGCUGGAAUUACCCGCCGCUUUGAUUCUUCUUAUUGUUGUUGCUCCCGAUCUAUUUGCAAACACCUUUAGAAGUGAUGCAGUUGGCGGCGUGGUAGUAUGCCUUAUCAUUGCAUGUUAUUUGCUGCAAGAACAUAUUCGGGCAUCCGGUGGCUUUAGAGAUUCAUUCACAAAAGCUUAUGGCAUGUCAAAUACAAUUGGCAUAAUUCUUCUGCUAAUCUACCCCAUCUGGACAUUGGUUCUCUAUAUUACCACAUAGGCAUAAACAUAGGGUGGAGUUUGUAUUCGGCUGAUUUAAGUGUAAUAAUUUGGCUUCUAUGUUGUUCAUUUGAUCGAAACCGAUAUCUAGGAACUUACACAUGUGCCUAUAGUUGGUAUGUGUAUAAAUAUGAAGUGAAUCAUUAGUGGAAGACUUUUUAGCUUCAACAAUCCUUAAAAAUAUGAUUAGCAAUGCUGUAUUUUUGUAUCUUGUGUAUUCACAAACUGAUUAUUGUACUUGGAAAUCAUAAUUUGGUUAGCCUGUGGAUCAUAUAUCAUUGUGUUUCUUGAAGUGCAGACCUUGCUACUUCAGUUGGAGAAAA